UGCCCCGCAGCCGCGGCUCCCGCGAGCGCUCUCUGGCCGCGCCGCUCGGUCCGGCCGUGCGGAGUCAUGGAUGCGCCGCGGGCCGGCGCCGGGCUGCUCAGGCGCGGGCGGCUGAGGCGCCGCCGUCCGUCCCAGUCGCACGGCGGGUCGCUGCUCACGCUGCCCCUGAGGCCCCGGAAGACCCGGAGGCAGCAGAGGAGAAGCUUGGCUUCCCGCAUGGCCGCGCUGAGGGCCCAGACGCUGCCGAGCGAGGACUCGCAAGGCUCCAGAGAGGAGCCGGCGGUCGAAGGCCCCGGGGAGUCGCGCCCGGGCGGGACGACCUCCAUCUCCCCCGCCGCCCGCGCCCCGCCGCCCCCGGGGCCGGCUUCCGCGCAGCCCGCGCGCCCGGUGGAGGCGCCGGUGGAGGCGCCGGCCCGCGUGGCGGACCCGGCGGACGGCGCGGCCGGGGAGCCCCGGGAGUCGCCGCUGCAGCGCGUCCUGGCCGAGCUCGGCCGCAUCCCCAACAGCCGGCGGCGGGCCGCGCGCCUCUUCGAGUGGCUCAUCGCGCCGCUGCCGCCCGACCACUUCUACCGGCGCCUGUGGGAGCGGGAGGCGGUGCUGGUGCGGCGCCAGGACCACGGCUACUACCAGGGGCUCUUCUCCACGGCCGAGCUGGACGCCGUGCUGCGCCGCGAGGACGUGCAGUUCGGGCAGCACCUGGACGCCGCGCGCUACGUCCGCGGGCGGCGCGAGACGCUGAACCCGCCGGGCCGCGCGCUGCCCGCCGCCGCCUGGGCGCUGUACCGGGCCGGCUGCUCCCUGCGCCUCCUGUGCCCGCAGGCCUUCUCCGCCUCCGUGUGGCAGCUGCUGGCCGUGCUGCAGGAGCAGUUCGGGAACAUGGCGGGCUCCAACGUGUACCUCACGCCCCCCGACUCGCAGGGCUUUGCCCCCCACUACGACGACGUCGAGGCCUUCGUGCUGCAGCUGGAGGGGCGGAAGCUCUGGCGCGUCUACCGGCCCCGGAGCCCGGCGGAGGAGCUGGCCCUGACCUCCAGCCCCAACUUCAGCCAGGACGACGUCGGGGAGCCCGUGCUGCAGACGGUGCUGGAGCCGGGCGACCUGCUCUACUUCCCGCGGGGUUUCAUCCACCAAGCCGAGUGCCGGGACGGGGCGCACUCCCUGCACCUCACCGUGUCCACCUUCCAGCGCAACUCCUGGGGCGACUUCCUGGAGGCCGCGAUGCCCCUGGCCGUGCAGGCGGCCAUGGAAGAGAACGUGGAGUUCCGCCGGGGCCUGCCCCGAGACUUCAUGGACUACAUGGGGGCCCAGCACUCGGACUCAAAGGACCCACGGAGAACCGCCUUCAUGGAGAAGGUGCGCGUCUUGGCCGCCCGCCUGGGACACUUCGCCCCCGUGGAUGCUGUGGCUGACCAGCGCGCCAAAGACUUCAUCCACGAUUCUCUGCCCCCGGUGCUGACCGAGCGGGAGCGAGCGCUCAGCGUGCAGGGGCUGCCCAUUCGCUGGGAGGCGGGAGAGCCCGUCAACGUGGGCGCCCGGCUGACGACCGAAACGGAGGUGCACCUGCUCCAGGGUGGGGUCGCCCGGCUGGUGGGCGAGGGCGGCCACUUGUUUCUCUACCACACGGUGGAGAACUCCCGCGUCUAUCAUCUGGAAGAGCCCAAGUUCUUGGAGAUCGAUCCCCAGCUGGCCGAUGCCGUGGAACACUUGCUCCGCUCCUACCCGGAGUUUGUGCGAGUGGGGGACCUGCCCUGCGACAGCGCGGAGGACCAGCUGUCCUUGGCGACCAUGCUCUAUGACAAGGGGCUGCUGCUCACCAAGACGCCGCUCACCUGAGCGGCGGCUCCCCAGAGAGGAGCCCGCAGUGACCUCGCCUGCCACACCACCUCUUGGUGGCGGCAAACUACAGAACUCGGGUUCUUACCUUGAUAGCCACCUGUGCGCUCACACUUACCUGUAUGAUGGCCUCCACGUCACAUAUCUCAGAUGGUCUUGGAGCAACCACUUUAUUAUCUAGGCACAAAAAGUAAAAACAGGAGUUGGGAAAAAGGAGCUACGUCUCGGCAGCAGGACCUGCUUGAUGGUUGCGGAGAGCCAUGGUCACCUUCGGGCGGCAGUGCCCUGUGUGGCACAGUGAACGCUCUACCUUUUCCUUGAGGCGUUGGAAGUUUUUAUUGCGAAUUUGCAUCUUUUGGCUUUCCUUUCAUCGGUUUGGGGUGAGGGUUGGGGGGGACAUCAAGUGUCCUGUUUGUUACUGUGAAUUUGUACGAAUGUUAGAAAAGUUAUUAAAGUAUCAAAGAGUCUU